AUGGCGUCUUCAACACAAGACGAACAAGUCCACCACCGCAAGGAAGAAACCAAACUCCACAAAGAACCCGAUCACGAAGACGAUGAUGACAAGAUCGUGGCCUCAGAGUCAGAGAGUACAAGCGAAGGUGAUAACAAGAAAAUGGAACCUGAAGGGAAAGAUGAUAAUCAAGAAGACGAUGAUGACAAGAUCGUGGUUCCUUCAACGACAACAUCACCAAGAAGCUUAACUCAAGAAGAAGAAGAAGAAGAAGAAGAAAAGUCAAGUGAAGACGACUUUGCUCUCGCCUUAGCAGUCCUACCUAAGAUUCCAUCUGUGCUUGAGAUAGACGAUUACGAGGAAGACGACUCAGAACAAACCUUGAGGUUUCUCACCCGAUGGAAAGCUCCGGAGACUCCACCUGAAAAUAUCAUUCAUCGCAGCUUAGUUGAACAAUGCAGCAGACCAAUCCAAAAGCAGCUAACUACAAGCGACGUGAAGCAGAACAGGCUUUGUUUAUCGAGGACGAAGUUUCAGCAUCUUCUUGACGGAUCAGGGGAAAAGAAGGAGAUUAGGUUUAGGGUUUACGGACCAGACGGGAAGGUACAUAAGAUUUGGCUUGGUGGGAAGAAGAGUUCUUCCUUUGAAUUGACGGUAGGGUGGUGGAGGUUCGUGGAAAAGUAUGAGCUCAAGGAGUGUUGUGACUUCAUCACGGUUUGGAUGUUUAGGCACAGAGACACUCAAAAGAUUUGCUUAGCUAUUGAUGCCAUAAGAUUUUCUUUCAGGAAGCAUGUUAGUAAGAGGAUCUCUGAUGCUGCUUUCGAAGAUUCUGACUAG